ACUGCCGACGCUGCUGCGGUGAUUGGUCUGUUCGCGGACAUCCUGUGAGUUUCGCUAGUCACGUGAUUAAGGUUCAACACGUCACGUGAUGACAACUUCACUUGAACUGUCAGGAAAGCCGAAUUAUCAUUACUGUGUUUUAUAAAACGAACAGAAAUUAACGCGUUAUUACUUUUAAAUUCAAAAUAUUUCAAUGAAGAAAAGACUCUCAUCUUACUUGGAAAAACAAAAUCGUAAAUAUUGUUUGCUCGCAACAACACAUUAUUCGUUUUACUUUAUAAUUGUUGUUUAGUUUUCUAAAUUUGUGUGUAUUUUUUAUUUUUUAUUUUAUUUUGCCUGUUGUACAUUUUUAAGUCGUGCUAGUUCUUAAGGAUUACAGCGAGUGCCAAUGACAACUUCUAAAGCAAAGCACACAGGUUCCGGCAAAACUUUAAUAAUUGAAGAUGAUGAACCACAGGAAGAAUCAGAUGAAAUGAAUCCCUUUUCAUUUAAGCAGUUUAUCCGUAGUAAGAACCAGCCUACGUCUUCAACGCAAGAUACCAACGAAAAGAAAAGGAACCAAAAGAAGCUACUUGGUAGCACCUUUAUUGUGGAAAAGGGCACUGCAACUCCUCAGGGCUAUAACUUCAACCUGGAUGUCCAGGAGCCAUUCUUUUCAGAUCCCACAAUGCACAGCCCGUCUGUGCAGGAGGAAGAUGAAGAUGAGGAAGAGGAUGACUGGAGCGGGAGUUACCAGCCUUCUGCCAUCGAAGAAGCUCACGAGUUUGGUCUUUCCAGCGGUUUAGUAAAUACAACAUAUCAGCCACAAUCCUCCCCUUCCACUGAGUCCAAUGAAGAGGCUUCCCUUGACUCGUGGUAUCUGGACAGCAGCUACACAGAUGACACAAAGCAACAAGCCAGAAAGGCCUCUGAUGAUCAUGAGAAGGAGCAUGAGGCGUAUGUGAAGGAAGUGCUUUUUCAGACACUGCAACAUAACCACGAGAAGGUAAAAGAAGAGAACGCCCAGCUAAGGAAACAGAUUAAAGAACUACAGAAAAUAUCAAAGGCUCAAAAACAAAAGGCGACAUAUCUGGUGGAUGAGUUGCAGAAAAGAACCAUUAAAGAAGAGAAGGAAGCUCAGGCUCUGGAAUCUAUGGUUCAGUCCGUGGAGCAGAACCUUGAGCUAAUGACAAAACGGGCUGUGAAGGCUGAAAAUAAUGUUGUUAAAUUAAAACAGGAAAUCCUACAGCUUCAGAGUCAGUUUGAGAUCUGUAGAUCUGAAAACGAGCAGCUUCGAGCUGGAGAAACUGCGAGCUUGAAUACAAUGAAACACAAUGCACAUGUUGCUUCAGAGUGUCUCAGCAAAGCUGCAAGCAGCGCGGAGGCUUCUAUAAAGCAGUUGAUGUCUGGCGCAGAAACGCUGUGCAUGGUGUCCCAGCUUCUAAAAUCCAUCGACAAGAUUUCAGAAAUACCGAGUGAAGACCGAUAAAUUUAACUGGGUGUACUAAAUAUAAUGCAAAAUAUAACUUGACAUGAAAAAGUUCUACUAAGCAAAACGCCCACAUAAAUCCUUU